CAUAUUCAUUCAUAUUCAUACUUUACAAAAUCCAAAUUAUAUUCAUUCACAUUUCUCAGAUCAUCAUCAAAAAUCUAAAAAAAAAUCAAUAAAUGGCUAAUUCAAACACAAUUGUUGCGAUUUUACUGAUCGUCGCGUGUAUCGCGGGAUCAGUAAUCGCGCAACAAUCUCCAACCGCAUCACCAACUGUUUCCCCAACAGCCACUCCCACAGCCUCACCUCCAUCUGUAGUGCCUACGUCAUCACCCACCGAAUCGCCACCUGCACCACCUACUUCUUCUCCUCUUGCUCCGUCGUCUCCUACUGCAAUGCCGCCUGCCGUCUCCACCAGUACUCCUACCGGCUCCCCGACGGAUUCUCCGUCGUCUGCUAGCUUCAACAGAGUUGCUGGAUCUGUUGCCGUGGUUGCCUUAGCCGCUGCUUUCGUUUUGUAGAGUUGUUUUCAUGAUUUUUGUUACACAUUGAGCGACUGUUUUUUCGAUUUAUUGUGAUUCUAUAUUGAUUAUUUGUUGUAUGAUCGAUUAUUAAUCGACGUGAUGUUUUUAUUAUUAUCAUUAUAUAUGAUUUUAUUUUUCUA